AUGCCGUUCGUGCACGAGCUGCUCAACACGGGCAGCGCAAUUGGCUACACCGCGUACUCGAACCCUCCCACGGUGACUUUGCCGCGUCUCAAGGGCAUAACCACCGGGUCGACGCCCAAUUUCAUCGACGCCGUGCUCAAUAUCGCCGAGGAGGACACGUCCUCGACGCUCGGCGACCAGGACUCGUGGAUCCGCCAGAUGCACACGGCCGGCUGGAAAAUCAACAUGUUUGGCGACGACACAUGGCUCAAGCUGUUUCCGUCAUAUUUCGCAAAGACCGACGGCACGGCGAGUUUCUACGUCAGCGACUUCACCAUUGUGGACAACAACGUGACGCGGCACCUGGACUUUGAGCUGAGCUCCGCGGGGCAGGCCGCCUGGGACUGUCUGAUCCUACACUACCUGGGGCUCGACCACAUUGGACACAAGGGGGGCCCAUUGAGUGCCAACAUGCCUGGGAAGCAGCGGGAGAUGGACGCCAUUAUUCGCCGUGUGUAUGAACAAACCGUGCGCGAAAACGACAACACACUGUUCGUCGUGAUGGGGGACCACGGGAUGAACGAGGUGGGAAACCAUGGCGGGUCGUCUGUUGGCGAAGUCUCUGCCGGGAUGCUGCUGGUGUCGUCCAAGUUCCAGAAACUGCCCCGUACCGACGUGCGGGCGCCGAUCCCGUGGAACGGCGAGUUUGACUACUACAGCCGUGUCGACCAGAUCGACCUGGUGCCGACAUUGUGCACGCUGCUGGGGCUCGAGAUCCCGGUGAAUAACCUCGGCACUUUUAUGCACGAGCUGCUGCCCCUGUACUCGGCCCAGCAGCAGUUGGACGUGCUGGUAAAGAACGCGUUGCAACUCAAGGUGCUGCGCGACAAGUCGCAGAACCGUGUGCGGCCGCUGGAGACGGACGUUGACGUGCGGUCGUUGCACGAGCUGCAGUCGCUGCUGGCUGCUACCAAGGAUGAGUUGUCGCGCACGUCGUCCGAUUACAACUACAACGACAUUGCGUGCGGGAUACUCGGGUACGCUGCCACAGCGGCGGUGGUGCUGGCGCUGUUUGUGCGGCUGUAUUGGAGCCAGCUGGCCGUUGCCACGGGCGACCUGGUGUUUUUCGUGGCGUACGCGGCGAAUUUCUUUGGGUCGUCGAUGAUUGAGGAAGAGCACCAUUUGUGGUGGUUCUUCACAACGGUUUUUCUUGCCGCCGUGGUGGUGCGGCCCGGCCGUCGCGCACAGGCGUCGUUCGUGUUGCUGGCAGCCCUGCGGCUGCUCAAGGCGUGGAACAACAGCGGCCAAAAAAACAAUCUCAAAAGCAACCUCAAGAUCGCCACAUAUAUCGCCGCGUUACCCCCACAAAUCGGGCCUGUCGUGGUGGCAGUGCUGCUGGUUGCCACGCUGGGCACGUUUUGUUUCUACGCCGCCAACGGGGCCCCGAUAAGAGUCAACGGCGACGGCACGAUUCUUCGGUUCGUCACGUUUGUGCCGUUCUCCGUGCAGGCGUCGGUCGUGUUCACGGCCAAGUUUCUGUCGUACUUGUCGGUGACUUUUGAUCUCGCCACAGACACUGCCAGCGUUCCGGGCUGGUGUCUCGCGUACACACAAUGGAUCGAGUCGCAGCUGCACUCCACGGAUAUCAACACCUUGAACCAGCAGUUAUUUGCGCUCUUCUACAAAGUAUGGUUAGGGACGACGGUGGGGCACCUGUUGAAGCCAGCGCUGUUCCGGCAGCUGCGUCUCGCAGACCCGCCGCUCAACUACACGCGGGCGGUUUUCGUCAGCGUCGCGUUCCUACUCAUGGCACAGACAAACUACGCCAACGUGCCGCUCUUUCUGGUGCUUCUAUUGAUUCUAUUAACGUUCGGCCGGCUCGAGGCCAGAACCAGCACCAACACCGUGGCGGUGUUCACGAUUCUGAUGCAGAACCUCAGCUUCUUCCAGUUCGGGUUCACCAACUCGCUGUCGUCUGUUGAUCUGACCAACUCUUUCAACGGCCUGACAAGCUACAACAUGCUGCUUUCCGGCCUGCUCACGUUUGUGUGCAACUGGGCCGGGCCCAUCUUCUGGUCCGCGGCGUUCUUGGUGCUGACGCUGCGCUCCGACGGCAACAACUGGAACAGACUGUACCAGAAACUCGUGCUCACCGCCACGUUCUACUCCGUCAGCGGGCUCACCCUGAUUCUCAGCUGCUACAGCCUGCGAUUCCACCUGUUCAUCUGGACCGUGUUCAGCCCCAAGAUCCUAUACCUGCUGGCGUGGAUCGGGUGCGGGCUGCUUGUCGACUUUGGUCUCUCCUGUGUAAUCACCGCCCUGUACAUAGACUGA